UCAGUCAUGUCGUACUCCCUUAGGACCAUUAGCAUCUAUAUUAGGUCAUUCACUACCUCACCAGCAGCUCUUAUAAUCACAGCUCAAGAUCUCCGGCAACGCUGAUCUCUCCAUCUGCAGUCACUUCAAAAACCAAACAGCCCACCAAGAACAAGACCUCCGAGACUGCAAACUUAGUUACACAGAGCACUGCCUGCCUGCCUUCCGCUGCGGGUGAAUGCUGUCGUGAAUGUGCCACACGUGGCCCGCCGGCGCCCUGCAGCAGUGACAUCACGGCGUUAUCUCGGCAGGGCGUGGGCAGGCGGGAGAGCGCCGGGCUGCGCCUCCCCGGGAGAGCCCUGCCCCGCCGCGCACCGCUGCCAACGCGGAGAAACCGUGCCGAUUCUCGCCUCCUUAGUGAGUACCAGAGAUGGAUGCGUUCCAAACAAUCCUGAAGUUCUUUAUGAACCGGAAAACCGCUAUAGGUUACAGUUUCAUGGCGCUGCUGACAAUGGGAGGUGAACGUGUGUUUUCUCUUGUUGCUUUCAGAUGCCCUUGCAGCAGUGAAAACUUCAGGUACGGUUUGGUAUUUCUCUUCUCGCCGGCUCUCGUUUUGCUGGUUAUUGGCUAUUUCUUGAACAGCAAGACCUGGAAACUCUUUACAGGCUGCUGGGUGAAUCCCAGGAAAAUAUUCCCCAGAGGGAAUAUCUGCCAUUUCUUUUACGUCUUUGGACAAAUCACUUUAAAUGCUCUGGUAGCCCCAGUGAUGUGGCUUUCCGUGGCUUUGCUCAACGGGACUUUUUACGAAUGUGCCAUGAGUGGCUUGAAAAAUCCUGCCUACUUACAAGCAGUUUGCCACAGCAAAUCGGAGAACUGCUUUGAAGAGCUACACAAGGUAUCCUGUGACAAAAGCUCCCUGCCCUUUUCAGAGAGUGAUGAACUGAAAAGAACACUUCAAGCACAGUCCCAGAUUUUAGGCUGGUGUGUGAUAGUUACUGCAGCUCUCCUCUCCCUGCUAACCACUUGCUGUGCCAGCUGCCAGUCAAAAGUCAGCCACCUCCAGCUGAUGUUCUGGAGAGUGUAUGAGGGGACGGAGAAGGAGCAACUGGAGCAGAUUUUCCAGCUGUAUGCCACCAAGCUGAGCGAGCGAAACCUGAAGUGCUUUUUUGAAAACAAGGAACCAGAACCCAUUUCCCUGCCAGCUUUCCAGGCAUGGGAAGAUGCUUCCCAGCUCUACUCUUUCAGUAGCAGCAAACAGCAUUACAGCACGAUUCACAGGCUAGUUGAAGAAGGCCAGAAAGGACCCAGUGAGGAAAGAGAGACAAUGCUGGACCUUGCGGACAGAAGGGAAGUACCAUAGACCAAGUAUUUUUUCAGCUUUUUUAUAUCUUGUUAAUAUGGCAUACUUCUAUCUGGUUUCAUCUCUAUGUUUUUUUCACAAUGGCCUCUUUCUUCUUCAUCAUGUUUCCUCCCAGUUAGUUCUUUGCUCCAAAAGGAUGGAAUGAAAUUAUUUCCCUACAUGAGUGAAAAGCCUGCAGUACUCCACGGCACCCAGGGUUCAUGUCACCAGCUCAGCAUCAAGAGCUGACAGUACAAAAAAAGGAGUAAUGGCUUCUACAAGAGAGUUUUAACAAUAUGCUAUGUAAAAUGUGCUAUAGUGUGCUUGUCCUAUGUAAAUCUAGAGACUGUCAACAAGUAAAGUAAUUUAAAGUGUGUGAAUAUAAGAACAAGA